AUGGAAGCGGAUUAUGAACAUGAACUGCGUAUGGCUGCUCUGAGCAGAAGAUUAAGACACCUCUGGCCAAAAAGAAAAACUGCAGUUGUAGAUGAUUAUAUCACAGAGGAAAAUUUGCGGAAUGGGGAAAAAAUUGCUUUCGGCAGAUUACAUGGAAGUCAGGAUGUGAAUUUCCAAGCUUUUCAGACAACUAUGAAGAAAGCUUGGAAAUGUGAGAAUGUGACCUGUACGCAGUUUCUUCCUGGCCUCUUCCAAUUCGAGUUUCCAACGAUAGAGGAAAAGUUGAGAAUCCUGGAGUCCGGGCCAUGGUCUUUCACCCGCCAUGUGCUUGUUCUUAGGCCUUGGGAACCUGGUGUUCUACCGCAAUGUAUUAAGUUUGAUUCCUACGCCUUCUGGAUGCAUAUUCAUGGGCUUCCCGUGGAGGGGAGAACGGAAGAAGUAAUUAGAAACAUUGCAGGGAAAUUAGGAGAAGUUCUCGAUGUGAAGGUUGAAGCAAGGGGUUUUUCUGCUCUGACUGUGGGAAAAGCAAAAGUUAUAUUAGACUUAUCUUGUCCCCUUGAGUCUGGAAUGAUCUACAGUUUCAAGGGUAAGGAACACUGGCUGGAUUUUCGUUAUGAAAGACUUCCUGUGUAUUGUUUUUCAUGUGGACGACUAGGUCAUUAUGCCCAAAAAUGCAAAGAGAUACCUUACGAUGAGGAGUUCCUCUCAAAUGAUGACAACUUACUCUAUGGCUCUUGGCUCAAGGCGGAGUUCAACACUUUUAGUCCUUUCUGGAAGUCUUUCUAUGAACCACCUUUGGAGGUGCAGACUGAUGUUGAGAGUGCUCCUGAAAAUCCCGAAAUCCUUGAACAACAUGAAACCCUCGAAAUUGUUGCCAAUGACCCUCUAGAAGAAAGAGGAAAAAGGAAAAUGACAGACGGUCAUAAUAGGAAUGCGCUGAACCCCCUGUCGGACAAGGAAGUAGUGAUGUUUGAUCAAUCUUCCCCUCUGUAUUUAGAGCUCCCUUCAACUCAGCAAGGUCUUAAAUCCCUGCAGAAAACCAAAACUAUUAGCAAGGGCAGAGAAGUGAAAAAAGUGAGAAGAUAUAGUCCCUAUGAAAAACAAGGCUCCAGUAGUCAGAUUUUAGACGAGUUGAAACUGUUAGAGACCCAAGUGUUGGAAGUGGUUCAAGCCUUAAGGGCCAUCGUGGCUCGUGAUAAGCCCAAUGUGGUUUUCCUUACUAUAUUAUGGAAGGAGGAGGCCUCGGUGACUGUCCUUUCUGCAACCGAAGAGUGGAUCGAUAUUAGGUAUGAGGAUACAACACAUAAGACCUCAUUCAGAGUUACCUUUGUCCAUGCCCCGGCGACCUUCCAGCGAGACUCCAAACCUGGGGGACAGCUACGACAGCUCAAAGCACGGAACAACCUACCGUGGGUUUGUGUAGGGGAUUUCAAUGAAACUUUGUAUUAUUGGGAGAAAGUGGGAAAGAGAGACUCAGAGCACUACCGCAUGCAAGCUUUUCAGGAGUUCCUAAACAAGCGUGGUUUAAUGGAUAUAGAAAGCAAGGGGUGUGCGUUCACAUGGGCUAAUAACCGAGAAGGGGUAGAGUUCGUGAAGAAGAGACUAGAUCGAGCUACUUGCAAUAUUGAGUGGAGAGUGGAGUUCCCGGCAGCUGAAGUGUUUGCUUUGCCUGCAAUUGGUUCGGAUCACAACCCAUUAUUGAUAUCCUUGUCCGGAGAUCCUGUGAAGAGAAAGAAGUUGUUCGGAUUUGAGGCAUUUUGGCGGGAACAUGAAGAAUGUGGGAGGACAAUUAAAGAAACCUGGAAUUCUCCGAAUCCGAAAGCGGCAGACCUAGUCGGGAGGAUUAAAGCAAUCACUAAAUCCUUAGCCUUUCGGAGUAAAACUACUUUCUCAAACAACCAAAGAGUUAUUAAUGGCCUGCUAGAAGAACUUCAGCAUAGUACUAACACUCGGUAUGGAAUCCAAGGGAGAGGUAAACAAAAAGAAGUCAUAGAGGGUAUUGAGACUUUAUGGAGAAGAGAAGAAAUGUAUUGGGGUUUGAGGUCAAGGAUUACUUGGCUUAGAUGGGGUGAUAAAAACACGAAGUUUUUCCACGCUACGACAAUACAGAGGAGGCAGCGAAAUAGAAUAUCUAUGUUGAAAGACGAUAAUGAGAUUUGGAUUCGAGAUCCCGGGAACCCGAAGGAGAUGACUUCCAAGUUUUUUGAGGGCCUUUAUACCUCGGUAGGACCUCGAAACAUCGACCUUGUAUUACAACACCGCCCUACGCUGGUUACAAAUGAGAUGAACGAAGCUUUAUCUGCAAAUAUCUCCCCGUUGGAAAUCCAGACUGCUGUUUUUCGGAUGGGUUCGUUAAAAGCUCCUGGACCUGAUGGGUUGAAUGGGCUCUUUUUUCAUCGGAACUGGGAGGAUAUUAAAACAGAAGUAUAUGAGGAGGUGCGGGGCUUUUUUAAUACCGGGAUCUUGAACCCCGAGCUAAAUAAGACUCAUAUCACCCUCGUCCCCAAAGUCAAAUGCCCAGAAAAAUUGGAUCAAUUUCGACCCAUUAGUCUCUGCAAUUUCGCCUAUAAAAUCAUAUCGAAGGUCCUUGCAAAUAGAUCGAAACCAUGGCUGAAGGAUAUAAUAGAAGAGGAACAGAGUGCCUUCGUGGGAGACAGACAGAUACAGGAUAAUAUACUGGUUGUUCAAGAAGUCCUUCAUCGCCUAAGGGUGCGUAAAAGAAAGAAGAAAUUCCAGGCUGUCCUUAAGCUCGACAUGAAAAAAGCAUACGAUAGGGUCGAAUGGGAUUUCUUGGAAGCUUGUAUGAGGAAAAUGGGGUUCUAUGACUGGUGGGUUGAUAGAGUGAUGGCACGUGUUACUUCAGCAACGUUGAGUAUUAAACUCAAUGGGGAACCUCUUCCCUAUUUUAAACCAACGAGGGGUAUUCGGCAAGGGGAUCCUAUCUCUCCAUAUCUCUUCAUUAUCAUGGCAAACUCCCUUUCGGCUUUGAUGAAAAAGGCAGUAGAUGAGAGUACCAUUACGGGGAUAAAACUUAACGGGUAUUGUCCAACGCUCUCACACCUCCUUUUUGCGGACGACUCCAUCUUUUUCCUAGAUGGGAGACUUAUUGAAUGUCAAAACCUGAUGAUGAUACUGAAUCAAUAUUGCUACGCCUCGGGACAGGCUAUAAACUUGAACAAAUCGGGAGUUUUAUUUAGUGCAGACCGUCCCCCAGAUUUAAAGAGGAAUAUGGCUGCAGCAUUAAGGGUCCCCGUUAUGGAAAAAACCAGUAAGUACUUGGGAAUCCCUUCUGAAUGGGGAAAGUCGAAGAAGGAUAUGUUCUCCUGGCUGCUAGCAAGAGUUAACUCGAAACUAGAGGGGUGGAAGGAAAAUCUUAUAUCGAAGGCGGGAAAGGAAAUCUUGAUUAAAUCGGUAGUCCAAGCCCUCCCCCGGUAUGCUAUGUCUAUCUUUAAGGUACCACUAUCUAUCUGCAGAGCUAUUGAGAGAAGGAUAGCUAAUUUUUGGUGGAAAAAUUGCGAUACACGUAAGGGACUUCACUGGAAAAGUUGGGAGGUCUUAAAAAGAAGAAAAGAUGAAGGAGGGAUGGGUUUUAGAGACCUUGCAUCUUGUAAUAGAGCUAUGUUGGGAAAGCAAGCGUGGCGGCUAGCUCUUAACCAGAAUUCUCUGUGGAGAAAUGUGUUAAAAGGUCUUUAUUUUCCAAACAGGAAUUUCUGGCAGGCCGAAAAGGGGUCUCGCCCCUCCCGGGGAUGGCAGAGCAUUCUAACAAGCGGAGAUACGAUCGGUGAGGAUGUGAGGUGGUCGGUUGGCUCCGGAACAAAUAUUAAUAUCGGGGAAGAUAAAUGGCUGAAACAAGGAAUUAUUGGAGGACCAGCUAAUCGGAAUGAUCCUACACAAGUGGCUGAACCGAUAUCUCAAGAGGACCCCCAUUGGGACGAGAAAACUAUAAGGGAGCUCUUUGAUGAUAAACUAGUUGAGGAGAUCUUAGCAAUUCCACCGAGCUCUCUAGCCUCCGAAGAUAAACUUGUCCGGAUUGCUACAAAAUCAGGAAUUUUCUCUGUGAAAAGUGCCUACAAUACUAUCCGCAGCAAGGACAACGAGCGGGGCUCUAAACACGCCUCAUCUUCCUUCGGACCUUCUAGAAAGUUUUGGCACUGGAUCCGGCAUCUUCAGGUCCCCCCAAAAGUUAGAAUUUUUCUUUGGAGAGCUUGCCAAAAUGCUCUCCCAACUAGAGAAAAUCUACUUAGACGGAAUAUUAUUGACGAAGCCUCCCGCCCCUUUUGUGAAAACCAGACAGAAACGGUCGAACACAUCUUCUUCCACUGUCCCUGGACCAAAUCUGUUUGGAGCCACCCUACAAUGAAGUUACAAUUAUCAAGCACAGAUAUUUCAAGAGUAGAUCGAUGGCUUGAAGAACAACUCGAAAGGACGGGGAACUCCCUUCGGAUGGAGAAAAUUGCAGCAAUCCUCCGGUUAAUCUGGAAAUCCCGCAAUGAUCGCAUCUUUAGAAGCAAAAAUCCCAACACGGAAGAACCGAUUGAAAAAGCGGAUACCUUGCUCUGCAGUUAUAAGAGAUGGAACAAAAGAGAUGAGAAAGCCAUGCAAAAUCAACCUCACUUGCAGUCCGUGUGGGUUCCCCCAAAGAAUCGAGCUCUAAAGAUCAAUAUCGAUGGUUCCUUUGAUGCUGGAUGUAGAGAAGCGGCAAUUGCAGGUGUUCUUCGAGAUGGAUCUGGUACGCCGCUUGAAGGUUUCGCAGAAAAAAUCCAAGCUUGUUCACCUCUUCAUGCGGAAGCGAGAGCGCUAGUGGGAGCCUUAAAGUUUUUCAGAUCUAGAAGUGGGGAGGAGCUGUACUUGGAAACAGAUCGCAAGGCGUUGAUCGACGCCGUACUUGAACGAGAUGUAAUCCCGUGGGAGAUUGAGUCGCUUGCAAGACAUAACAUGGGGAGCGCGCUAUAUCCGCAAGGCUGGAUGAAGAGCAUGCUGCAGUUCUCUUUUGAGAGAAGCUCUCGUUGCAGCUUCUGCCUUCGUCGAAGCAUGUUGUGA